AUAAUAUGUACAGCUGUUUCAUUUUUUGCACGUCUUCCUGUUGUCGGCCAUAUUGUGCAGUCGCUUCCUUUUCCAUUCUGUCUUUCUUUCUCGUUGAUCGGUGUCUAUUGAGGUUGGAAAAAGCUUAAAAAUGGCAGACGAAGAGCCCAAGAAGAAAAGGACCUUCAGGAAGUUUACCUUCCGUGGAGUAGAUCUUGACCAACUUUUGGAUAUGCAGGGAGCACAGUUGAUGGAGUUGAUGCACGCAAGACCGCGCAGACGUUUCAACCGUGGAAUCAAACGCAAGCCGCUCGCUCUCAUCAAGAAACUGAGAAAGGCUAAGAAGGAAGCGCCACCCAACGAGAAACCGGAAGUUGUGAAGACCCACCUGCGCAACAUGGUGAUUGUACCGGAAAUGGUUGGCAGCAUUGUAGGCGUCUACAACGGAAAGGCCUUCAGUCAGGUCGAAGUCAAGCCUGAGAUGAUCGGUCAUUACUUGGGAGAAUUCAGUGUCACCUAUAAGCCUGUUAAGCACGGUCGUCCCGGUAUUGGUGCAACUCACAGCUCCAGGUUCAUCCCUCUCAAGUGAGAAGGUCAUUUUUGCUUUUUUAUUACUGUACGAUGUUCUUACAUUAAAUUAAUUUAAAAGUA